AUGGAGGGCCGAGAUGGCAAUUCAGAGAAUUACAUUAGCGAGGGAUAUCUGCACAUUGCUGACUAUAAAUUGCUCAGGGAGGAGCUGGAAGUGCUCGGGGAUGAUCCAGUUGAUCCAUCAGAGCUAAUCGAUGAUGGACAAAGCGGAAUCAUGAGGGAUCAGGUUGUAUCUAUGGCAGAAGAAGAGAGCCUGACAGAUGAGAGUAAGGCGAUCAUGCAGCAGCUCGAGCAGCUCAAGAAUCGGCGCAACGAAUUGGCCGAGGAACUCACCUCCGUCGAUGAGCAGAUUGAUGAGCUCCAAAGAAUGCUGAUCAGCGAGCGAAAGAGGACCUCCUCAGUUUCUGAUAACAUCCGAGUUUUCGAAGGACUGGCAGCGCCGAAGAGAAAUCCCGUCAGCCGCUCUCAGACGAUGAUUCCUUCGCCGAAGCAUCCGUCGAGUUAUACUCAUCUCUGGCAUUUGUCGGAGAAAAACGGGGACGACGAAGUUGUCAUUCCGGAGGAUUUGAUGAUGAUUCAGCCGAACAGAACUCUCCCUAGUUCCAUCAAAAUGUCAGCCAUUCCAUCGAGAGACUCGAAGCCAAAGCCACCGUCCGACAAAGUCCCGCUGAAGAUCGGCUCGUUCGACGAAUUCGGAAGUAUUCAAGCGCCGCCGCAAAUUUGCAAUUUGCCAACGCGAUCGCAUGGAUCAUCGAAGAGCAUUUCGUCGCUGGAGGAACCAAUUUAUGUAAAUGCGAUGAUUUACAAGACGAUGGACGAGGUUAUUGCUGAAACUGGACACGAUACUGACGAUUCUGUCGCGGAUAUCAUCGAACAAUCAGAUGACGAAAUCGUCGAUGGAAACGAUUCCGUGCUCUGUGAUGGACCACCGAUCGAGGACGAUAGAGUUGGAGCGAGUCCAGCCAUUGAUCACAUCAAAGUUCGAAAUCUCCAAGAAGCAUCAAUGUAUUCCAAAAGACAUUACCUGGCGAAAAACUUGCUCGAAACAGAACAGAAAUAUUAUCAUCAACUAAGGGCGUUGGAAAGAGUGAAUAGCUCAUUCAGGCAAAAUAUCAAAGCUUACAAGAGCAAAAGUUUGAUAAAAGAAAACGAAUGCCAGAUUAUCUUCUUUCGAAUUCCAGAUCUAACCCGAACCCAAGAUGAGAUCGUGAAGAAACUAACGCUAAAGCUCCGCGACUGGUCGACCGAUUCGACCUUUACAGACAUCAUUUGGUUGAUAAAAGAGAACUUGAAACUAUACGAAGAAUACAUCAAUAAUUACACGAGAGCGCGAACGCUUUUAGAGCAUCUGAUCAAGACGAAACAGGGGGAUCGACUUGCGGACUUGCUGAAAGUUUCGAUUACUGAAACGCGAGAGAAAGAUAUUCUGGUUCAAGAUUUACUCUACAAGCCCGUCGACCGAAUGACACAUCAUAUUUCAGUUCUUGACGAUAUUAUUCGCCACACUCCAUCAACUCAUAAUGACUACGAUAAACUACGCUCCUAUCAAUCCGAAUUCUGGCGAGUCCUGACAACAGUUAACAAAGGUCACGUGUCCAAGGGAACGAGAAAGGUUCAAGAGAAAGAAAUCAUCAAAUCGGGAUAUGUGACCGAAGAAAUUUCCGAAACAGAGAAGAAAUUGCGAUAUGUGAUUUUGAGCAAUGAGAUGAUUCUUUGCAUGAAACCGACGAACAUGAAGAAACGCGAGCUGGACACAAAGUGGUGGAUUCCGCUGAACAACGUAAACGUCCAACUGCGAGAAACGAAAGAGCAAAUCUCUAUGGGCAAAAAGAUGAAAAUGAAUGAACUGGACAAAGAAAUCGUAGAAUUGAAUCAGAAGAUUUCGAGGCUAGACCCGAAGAAGGAUCGAAGGCAAAGAAACAAGUUCCUCGAAAACAUCCAAAAGAGGAGAAUUGAUAGGCUGAAAAUCUCGCAGACUGUUCCUUUGGAAAUCAAAAAUUGCCAGGAUGGAAAGGAAAUGAAACCGCAUCGAUUUAUGUUCUCAAGUGAAUAUGAGAGAGCAGCGUGGACAGAAGAGAUCCACGGCGCCCAGCGCAAGAACACUGGACGCAUCAACAUAACAAGCUACGAUAUCAAAGACCUGAUCGAAAAGUUCAAACUAGAAGGACCUCCCGCUUCAGUACCCGAAUCUUCAAUGAAACAUUCCAGAUCAAGCUACCUAAACGGAUACCUAUCAGUGACAGUUAAUCAAGCAAGCGGCUUUCAGAAGGACUCAAACGCAUGGGUAGCGAUUGAGACUGAUUUUUACGGCUCUUUCACGACCCAAGCUAGGACGAGAAUUCAACGAACAAAAGGCGAUUCAAAUAGAAAGAACUCCUACCUCGCCGAGUGGAAAGAAGAGUUCGAAAUCGACGCCAACGGUUGCGUGGACCUAGUCGCUCUUGUUCUCAACAAUCAACCAUGUGGAGAUGGCAGCAUCUCCAGAGACAUUUUAGUUGCCAAAGGAGAAUUGCGACUUCCAGCAGUUUGUGGUCUGAUGGAGGGCGAAAGCUGCCCAGUGAGAAUCGAAACUUCUGGAGGCAUCGAUCUCAUGCUCGUUUUCAAAUACGUGAGCAGAGAGACCUUCAGAAAGAGGGUGAAAAAUGACGCCGACAGUACGAAUAAAGUUUUUGAUACGUCUCUUCGGGUUCUCACUGCUAAAGAAGGUCGCAACUGUCCAUUGAUCGUCAAGUCUUGCAUCAGCGAGAUCGAGAAUCGAGGGAUGAAGGACGUCGGAAUCUACCGCGUUUCUGGCGCCAAGAGCGACAUCGACGAAAUCAAACGCUACUUCGAAGAAAAUCACCCAGAUCUCUCAGAGAAACUGGCGAGGGUAGAUACUCACGCAGUGACAGGCUGCAUGAAACGAUUCUUCAUGGACUUGAGAGAGCCGCUGAUUCCGCACCCUUUUUCCGACAGAUUAUUCAAGUUGGACCUCGUCAACAAAUCCGAUGAAGACAAAAAGCUGCUGAUUCUGGAUGCUCUAAACGGCCUACCAGUAGAGAAUCAGGGCACACUGCACACGCUGUGGUCUCAUUUGCGCAAAAUCGCCGCUAUUUCAGAGAACAAAAUGGAUUUGCCAAAUCUAUCAAUCGUUUUCGGACCCUCGCUCAUCGCCGCAGAAGAGAAAUCCUCCGGCAUCAACCCAAUCGAUGCAAUUCAGAUUCGAGGAAAUAUUUUGUUGUCCAUUUUGGAAAUGGACAACUUUCCAGCACCUAAUGAGCAGUUGCUUGACGAUUCUUCAAGUUGGUCCGAGCGUCGCGUUUCCCGCAGCAGACCGACCCAAUCCAUUUCGUCCACAGGCUACAUUGUAGUGAAAGAAGAGUUCGAAGAUGAGCCGCUCGAACUCGAGCUGGAAGAAGACGGGAAUCUGCGAAUGUCGACUUUGAUCUCGCAGUUCUCCGGCGCAUGCGGUUUACGCUUUCGAAAUGCUGCCACGGGCGCCAUGCGCGGCGUCCGUCUUCACAACGAUCUCUUUCUUCCGCCCAAUGGAGCUGAAGGUUGGCCAACCGAUGUCGUCUUUAAUGUUGUUUACAGUAAAAAACCGGACAAUGGUGCAAAAAAAGUAGAAAACGGACACCAAUCGACGUCUGCGAUUCCAAGAAGAAGCGGAAAUAAACCGUCAGAUCUGGCCGUGUUGAGCAUCCCCUGGCAGACGACGGCAGAAGACUUGAAGAUGUAUUUUUCGCGCUUUGGUAAAGUAGUCUUUUCGGACAUAAAAGUGGACGCGGAGACUGGGAAAUCGAGGGGAUUUGGAUUCAUCAGAUUUGAACACUACGAGAGCCAGGUGGCGGCGAUGGAGUGUCCCAUUCACGAGCUCGAUGGGAGACAAAUCGUUCUGAGGCUAACGAAAAAGAAUUCGAAGCAUUCCAACAAGUUUUUUUUACAGGAAUGUCAGAGAAAUCCUAUCCAACAAAUAAGAAAUGGCGAAACUGGGAACCAAUUGCGAAAGGUUUUCGUCGGACGACUUACCACCGACCUAAAUCGUCAUGAUCUUCAAGAAUAUUUUUCUCAAUUUGGGCACAUCACCGAAAUCACCAUUCCGCAGCCUUUUAGGAGCUUUGCCUUCAUCACUUUUGCCGAUUCGAAUGAUGCCAUUUCGAUUUUGGACCAAGACCAUUUGAUAAAAGGAACUUCGGUUGUUACUCGCUCUGCGGAUCCGAUUCAAGAUGACAGAAAUAGAAGAAACGCGAAUCAGAACAACACCGGCAACGGGAGCAACAGCCUCAAUCAAAAUCAAGGGCGCUUUCAAAACCAAAAUGCGAGAACAUUCUCCAACAAUUCAGCCGACACUUCCGUCGAUCCAAUGAUCAUGCAUCAGGUGCAGCAAGCCCUAAAUCAAGUGAUCCAGCCGACGAAUUCGAUUGCCGAGGAAGCUACUCAGCCGCGCGUCCGCUUUUCCGAGCAGCCCGUUUCUUCCACUCGCCAUGUCCAGGACGAUCCUUUCAACGGCGUCUACCGAACUCGGCCAUCGUCAAACAGUCCUACAAACCACUCGUCGAUUCUCGACUCUGGCUUGAUCUCACGAAGUUUGCAGCAGCCUCCAAUUCAACGAGGCCGGCCGAAUCGCAUCCUUCGAGGAACCAGCCCACCUUCGUGGAGCAACAGGAGUCCGUGGGGCGACGCGCCAGAUCCGCAAAGGCAAAACUACUUUAGCCCAGGAUCGUGGCUUUAG